ACAUGUAAAGUUUAAACAUGUUUUAAAAACAAGUAAGAGGGGUGGUCUGAGGUGGUUGUCAAAGGGAGGUAGUAGCAAAAGGUGGUUGCUGGUUGCUGAGUGACUAGAGGUAGUUUAUGACGGGAGGUGGUUUUCAACAAGAGGUGGUGUUCAGAGGUGUUUCUAGUUGGAGAUGGUGGCCGAAGGCAGGUCCUAGGAUCUGCUUAGCGAAAGACUUUGCUUAUCGCCAAAUGAAGAUUAUGUCAACUGCUCUUCUCCGAUUCUUCCGGUUCAAGUUAGCCGAUGAAACCAAAAAUGUGACUUAUAAAACCAUGUUCACACUUCACAUCAAUGGAGGUCUUCAUCUCUCUGCAGUUCCAAGAACAGGUUUCAAAAAUGCCGAAAUGUAAAAACUAAGAAAAAAUCUAAGACGACAAAAACCGAUGACAAUGAGGGGAGUCCCACCUCUAUAUGAGAGAGUUGUGUCUGGUACUAUGCGAUUAGAUUUUGUGUUCAACUAAAAGAACUAAUAUCAUGUUAGUGAACCAUUAUGUUUUCAGUGCUUUUAUUUAUGUAAAUCCAAGGUCUACAUAGAGCCAAACGAAACAAUGAUUUCUGAUGUAAACUAUUCAUGUAAAUGCACGAGUUUUUGGGAUGUUAUGAAAUUUUGCCAAUCUUUGGUGCCAAUUCUCCAA